CAUCCAACUUCUUUCUCAGUAGUUACAUCCAUACGUUGGGAAGCCUUUAAUGGCUGAAUUGGUUGAUAAGAUGGCCGCUGCUUCCGUGGGACCCUCCCCUGUGGAGGAGCGUAUGCCCUACUACAAAAAGCGUGUCGAGGUCUUUGAGAAGUUCCUUGAGCGUGAGCAGGCCAAGCUCGAGGCCGCGAAGGCCGCCAAUGUGGCUAUCAAGGUGAUCAUGCCCGACGGCAAGGAGCGCGCCGCGGUCCAGGGCGUGACCACUCCCAUGGACAUUGCUAAAGAGAUCUCGGCCAGCCUGGCGAAGAAGGUGGUGGUCGCGGACGUGGACGGGCACGCAUGGGACCUGGCCCGCCCGCUGGAGGGCGAUUGUGCGCUUAAGCUAUUCAGCUUUGACGACACCGAGGGCAAGGACGCCUUCUGGCACUCCUCGGCCCAUUUGCUGGGCCAGGCGCUGGAGCUGGAGUUCGGCGUGGACCUCACCAUCGGCCCCGCGCUGGAGGAGGGCUUCUACUAUGACUGCUUCAUGGGCGACCGCACGCUGACGGAGGCGGACAAGGCGCGGCUGGAGAAGCGCAUCGAGGGGUCGGUGAAGGAGAGCCAGAAGUUCCAGCGCGUGGUGGUGACGCGCGAGGAGGCGCUGUCCAUGUUCGAGGAGAACAAGUUCAAGAUUGAGAUCAUCCAGGGCCUGCCGGCCGACGCCACCAUCACCAUCUACCGCGUGGGCCCCAUGGUGGACCUGUGCUCGGGCCCCCACCUGCCCUCCACCAGUUACAUGAAGGCCAUCAGCGUGACGCAGAUGUCGCGCGCCUUCUGGCGCGGCGACGUGAAGCGCGAGCCGCUGCAGCGCGUGUACGGCGUCACCUUCCCCGACAGCAAGCUGCUCAAGGACUACCAGCACCGCAUGGAGGAGGCCAAGAAGCGCGACCACCGCGUGGUUGGCGUGCAGCAGGAGCUGUUCUUCUUCCACCCGCUGUCGCCCGGCUCCUGCUUCUUCCUGCCGCACGGCGCGCGCAUCUACAACAACCUGGUGGGCUACAUCCGCGAGAAGUACUGGGAGUACGAGUACGAGGAGGUCAUUACGCCCAACAUCUACAACUUCGACCUGUGGAAGACCAGCGGGCACGCCGACCACUACCGCGAGAACAUGUUCUCGUUCGACAUCGAGAAGCAGGAGUUCGGCCUCAAGCCCAUGAACUGCCCCGGCCACUGCCUGAUGUUCGCCAACCGCACCCGCUCCUACCGCGAGCUGCCGCUGCGCCUGGCGGACUUUGGCGUGCUGCACCGCAACGAGUACAGCGGCGCCCUGACCGGCCUGACGCGCGUGCGGCGCUUCCAGCAGGACGACGCACACAUCUUCUGCCGCUCCGACCAGGUGAUGGCCGAGGUGCAGGGCUUCCUGAAGCUGCUGGGCGAGGUGUACGAGGUGUUUGGGCUGGACUGCACCAUGGCUCUGUCCACGCGGCCCGAGGGCUACCUGGGCGACAUCGAGCUGUGGAACAAGGCGGAGCAGGCGCUCACGGACGCGCUCAACUCCACCGGAAAGGCGUGGGUGCUUAACCCCGGCGACGGCGCCUUCUACGGCCCCAAGAUCGACAUCACCGUGUACGACGCCCUGCGCCGCAAGUUCCAGUGCGCCACCGUGCAGCUGGACUUCCAGCUGCCCAUCCGCUUCGGCCUGGAGUACGCCAGCGAGGCCGGCACCCUGGAGCGGCCCGUGAUCGUGCACCGCGCCGUGCUGGGCAGCGUGGAGCGCAUGUUCGCCAUCCUCACCGAGCACUUCGCCGGCAAGUGGCCCUUCUGGCUCAACCCGCGCCAGGUCAUGGUGGUGCCCAUCUCCGAGAACAGCGUGGAGUACGCGUUCACGGUGCGCAAGGAGCUGCGCAGCGCGGGCCUGCACUGCGACGUGGACUCCACCGACCGCAAGAUGCAGAAGAAGGUGCGCGAGGCGCAGCUGGCGCAGUACAACUACAUCCUGGUGGUGGGCGAGGCGGAGAAGACGGCGCAGACAGUCAACGUGCGCACGCGCGACAACGUGGUGCACGGCAUGUUCAAGCUGUCGGACGUGCGCGAGCUCAUGGUGCUGGAGCGCAACACACGCAGCCGCGACUCGGCCCUCAGCGGCAAGGGCCAGAAGCCGGCGGAGGGCGACGGCGCGGCGGAGGCCGACGCGUAAAGCGUAGGCGGCACUUGAGCGCAGGGAUGCGGGGUUCGCGCCUGCUAGGGUUGGGGCAUGACCACAUGAGGCGUGAGGUGCGCGCGUGUUGCGGAUGGUGUGCGGGGAUGGAUGGGCGUCGAAGCCCAUGCCGCCGGUCUUGGGAAGGAUUGGCCGAUCAGGAGGACGAGGACGAAGACAAGGAGGACUUAAUGCAGCAGGCUUUGGUGGAUGGCAGGAGUUUUCUUAUUGCGCGGGCUUCCGUGUAGGUGGUGAGGAUAAACACAGCAGGGCCCAACACGUUCCUGUUGCGCGCACGAAGGCCGAACAUUACGGCGGCGCUGCGAGAGCAAGGAAUGGAGGUCUGGAUGUGGCGCGUACUGCAGCGGCGGGCUGGGCGGCAGCAGCAUCACACGCGGCAGGAUGAUGGGCUCGAUGCAGUUCGGGGGACUGCAGGAUGGGGCGAAGGGGUCGGCGGCUGCUCGUUAUGACUUACGACCAUUCGAAGGAUAGGCGCGCGCGAGUGCUGUACAGGGGUGCGUGCUGGUGAGCAAGUGGUCAUGACUCAUUCGUGCAUGACUGCAACAUCACGCGUGUGGCUUGAGCCUUGGGCACUU